AUGAAUCCAGAUGAAGCUGCUCCACGUCCGGCGGCUCGGUGGAAUUCCAACCAGCCGCCUUCGGCCGAUGAUGUCAUAGCAGCGGUGCCAGCCGGCAACUUGGACAGCCAUCCAUCGCGCCAAAACAUUUCCCGACAGGAGAUGAAUGUUCUCAUCGGGAAUGUCCAGCGCAAAGCUGGUUUCACGAAGUCUGGUCGUGGUGGAGAGUGGUCUAUGUCGGCAAGCAACAUUCUCCUGGAGACGUUGUUAAGGCCAAAGUUGAUGCGCAGGGGCUCGCCAUUAAAGGGCGCUAGGGCGCUUGCCGACGGAAAAGCCCCAGAGAGCAGCAACAUGCACAUCGAUGGCAAGAAGGGGCCCAAGACAAAGAAGAGGAGCAAGAAGUCACAGGAGAAGAACAAGCAGGAUGACCAGAUUGACAUCGACGACAACAAGGGCAACAAUGGCGCUCCCGAUACGGAGAAGAAUCCUUCAGAAAGCAGCAACAUGCACAUCGAUGGCGAAAAGGACCCCGAGUACCAGAAGAUGGCUGCUGAGCUUCGUGAUGCCAAACAAGCCAUGGAGUACAUGGAAGAGUCAAUAGGAGAGAAAGAUGCGGACAUUGAGAGCAAGAACACCCAGAUCCACGAGAAGGACGUACGCAUCCACUUGCUUGAAUGCGACUGCCAGGUCUAUGAGAUGCAGAUUGAGCGCUUGGAGCGCGAACUCCGUGAGCUGAAGCAGUCUGCCGUGUAA